UUUCAGAGACAUUUUCAGCUCAGAUCAUAUUUCCUUUCCCCCAUGUAUAUUUCCGUUUGUGUCCGUGUCUUAUACUUGAGCCGCGCGUAAAUUACUCUCACUUUGCACUUUUAUCACACCUGCCACUGUAUCUUUAUAUCUCACACGACCACUAUUGAUCUCUUCAUACAAUUGUUUGAUCGUUACUCCAAUGAAUACUCCAAACAGAGCUGCCGUUGUACAUCCUCAAUACGACGCCCAGUCUACCCAGCAAUUACUCGCUCUUGUUCAACAUCUUCAGGUUACAUCGAGGACUAUGGCCAAGCAAACACCCGCGUCCGACCAGAAAGAUAGUACCAUCGUCACCGAUAUUGGCGAUUAUCUCAUCCAAGCUGCUCAGGCAUGGGCACAGAUGACAGAUGCUCUGGUGGAAAGCCGACAGGUUCAGCAAGCAGUGGUUGAUGCGCAUGAACAAGCCAUGGUCAACAAUCAUCUUUCCGAUCUAUCUACUGUCGUCUCUAUGGAUGUUGAUCUUACAAAGCUCUCCAAAAUUCGCGAUUUAACAGCGCAAUUCUCCCGAGAUGUACAUCAAGUUUGGCAGAAUGAUGCGCCGUGUCCGGGAAAAUCGCCAUGACAUAUCAAUUUUCGAAUAGAGGUUCUUGGGAUAGGUUCACUGGGUUAUUUCAUAGGCGUUUCUGGAAUGAUAUCCGCAUCUUGGUUGGAAGAUUGCUGCGUUAUUUCAUUCAUUAUUUGCUCACUAAAAUUGCAUAUUCUGUUUCCUCUCCUCCAAGA